AUGGCGGGGGCAAGGAAGAGAGCUGCCUCGCAAAUUUCGAGUGCGGUUCGUGCAAAAUCACCGAGAAAAAGUACAGUCGCCGAUUCACAGAUCGCUGAAGUCCCCAUUUUGAAGGAUCUAGCAUCCCCAAAGAAACCAAAAUUGGCUGAAUCUUUCAAGACUCCCGAAGUUUCUGUGCCACCCAAAAAGAUCAAAAAGCCUCACAAAAGUCCGGAAAAAUUGUCGGUGGACAUCCAGAAUUUAUCACCUGGAACCGGAAAAUUACUAGAUUGCUUCAUCAAACAGCACAGCCAAUCACUCGAGAAUUUCCGAAAGAGAGAUUUGAUCAUGAGCAAGAAAAUGCGAUCCAUUACCAUGGAGUCCUUGAAGAAAAAUUCGGAAAAUGAGUAUCUAAAAAAAGAGCUCGCUAAAACAAAGCGUGAAUUGACCCAUUUGCAGAAGAAUCUUGCCGAUCAGCAGGAUAAAAACACCGAAACCAUGAACCGAUAUGAUCAGAUUUACGAAAAGUUUGCCAAGUGCGAGAAGAAUUACGAUGAGCAGCUGGGGAUCAUAAAAGCUUGCGUGGAGAAAAACAACAAGGAGCUCAAACUGGCUCAAACUCAAAUUGUGGAUAAGGAUCGCGAGCUGAAAAAUAUGCAACAAACCAAUCGCGAAUUGGCUGCAGCCCUGAGCAACUAUAAACCGGAAAUAGAAAAAUUAAAAGUGACUAAUACUGAGAUUCAUGAGCGGCUCACUGGAAUCACGCAGGCCUACGAAGACCUCAGGGUUCAAUUUGAUGAUUUGACGGGAGAAAAAGAAAUUUGUGAGGCCAACAUCCUGGAACUUAGCACCGAGCUAAAUGCAAAAAUAAUAAUCUGUGCCGAACUGGAAGGACGCAUUGAAGAGCUCCCCAUAGAGGCCAAUAAGGCCAUGUCGAAGGUGCAAACUGAGUUGGAGAGCUACAAAAUGCGCUGCGAGGAGCAGCAGCGAUUCACCGAUCAAGCCGAAAAAGAACUCGAACUGGCUCGCAACGAGAUAAACACUUUAAAGACUCUUAUGGAGGAAAGGGAGCAAUGCCACAUCUCCCUUGGUAAUGAAAAUCAAGAAAUUAAGGCCAGAAUGGAAGAGCUCGUUGGUAUCAACGAGAAUUAUUCCAAGGAAUUGGCCGAAACUAAGUUGAAGCACUCUCAGGAGAUGAAAGAACAAGCUAAUAAGCACGGGUUUGCCCUUCGUGAGCUCAAAGAUCAUUUGAAGAAGUCGUCAAAUGAUUUUGCACAGCUGAAGAACAGCAGUGAGUCGCUAGAAAAGAAAUCCCUUCAACAGAUCUCCCAACUCCAAGGCGAAAUAAAGGAAAUGCAGUUGCAGCGCAAGAAUCAGACGGAUCAAACAGCCACUUUGCGCAAGGAACUGCAAGAGAAAACUCGCAAUUUUGAGGCUAGGCUAAAGGGACAGCAGGAACAGCUCUCCAAUCAAGUUAAGAUCCUGACAACUGAAUUUGAGAGCGAGGCUCAGCGCAGCGCAGCUGAAAUUCAAACACUCAAAGCUGCCAUGGAGCAAAAUGAUAAAAUGUACAAGGCUCAGCAGGAGAAGUUGCAAAGUCUGCAGACUGAACGCGAUAAGCUCAAGGAUACUGUGGGAAAACUGGAGGCUAAAGAGCAAAAAAUAGCCAGCGAAUUUUCCGCAUCAAAGAUUAAAUUCAGUCAGGAGCUAAAGACCCAAAAAGAUGACUUAAUGAAAAAGAUUUUCGCAUUGGAGCUUGAUAUUAAAAAUAAGGAAACCAGAAUGCUUGAAUUGGAACGGGACAAGAAUCAUGAAAUGGCCGUACUUAAGUUCAAAAUGAAUCGAAUUAAUAGCGUAAUCGACCAGCCUAUAAACACUCUGCCCGAACAACCUCCACUCAAGGUAGUGUCCAAAACGCAGAUCAUCCCGAAUAAGGUGACUCCGGAGAAAACCGACGGUCCGAGCACUUCUUCAAAGAAGCGUCGACCCCGAAUCACAACCACAUAUGAUUCGGACUUUGCAAGUGAGGAUGACAAGCCAAUUUCAAGCUCAUAUUUGAGCGGCAAACGAACCAAAUUGUCGGCUGUUGUUAAGCCACAAACAGAAGAUGAGGAUUUGUUCGACAGAUUGAAGAAAGCCAAUUAA